CUGCGAGAUUUCCAAAGAUAUGGCCUUGUUGAUUUUUUGUACUAGGAAGAAUAGUGGGACUAUGAACUGUGAACAAUUGGUGUGCUCUUUUGGGACAAAUGAAUGAACACAAAAACAAAAUGACAAUGGCUUGCCUUCAAUCAUUGAGUUUGACGUCAAAUACUGAAAGUUCUUGCUGUUUGUAAUGGUUCCUGUCUUUAGUGUUGUCCUUCUCUUAGUUGUCAAGACGGCAAGAUUUAAGAAUGAUAAAAAAAAAUUGAACCCAAGGUCUUUUCACCCAAGUCCGGUUCUUGUAAGAAAUUGCCACCUGAUGACAUAGGAGUGACAAUUCUCAUGAGUCAUGACUGAACAAUCAUGAUAAUUGAACCCAUUUUGGGGCAUGCUAAUGGAAAUCUCAUACAACACAGAUUGCAUGAGAGGAAACGAAAGCAGAAUUGCAGCACAGCUUGGAUUGCAUGCAGAAAUUUAAUCUGCAGGAAUUGUGCCAGAAGAAGAGAUGGGCUUUGCCAAGGUACUCUGCAAUGAAAGAUGGCCCAGAUCACAGUCCUCGCUUCAAGGCCUCUGUUUCCAUCGAUGGCCUCUCCUUCCACUCUCCUCCUUCAUGCAACUCCUUCAAACAAGCUCAGAAUGAAGCCGCCCAAGCCGCCUUCCGCCACUUCACUUCACCACCUCCGAGUUCUGAAGUACCAAGAGAUGGGCAUCACGAUCAGAAUGCUUUCAAUUCUGGAAAUGGCACUCUUGAGGUCCUUCAGGAUGGUGAAUCUGUAGCUGGGUUUUACAAGAAUCUGUUGCAGGAGCUAGCUCAGAGAGAAAGGCUCCCCCUACCAGUUUACAAGACUACGAAGAAUGGUCCCCCACAUCUUCCCACUUUCUUUUCCUCCUUGGAAGUGGGUGCAGAGAAAUUCCAAGGUGAAGCAGGGAAGUCCAAGAAGGAAGCCGAGAUGAAUGCUGCUAAGAUUGCCUACACCACUUUGAAACUCGCUUCCAACAAAUCUCUUGCACCCGAUUCUGUUGAAACUGAAGGUUGGAAAGAAGAGGUUAAAGAAGUAAUAAACUUGACAUCAGCUGAGGCAUCAAGGAGUUAUGAAGGAGUAGUCACAAAGAAGCAAGAGCCCUCCAAUUACUCCCACUCCCAGCUUGUGAACUCAGCAGUACAAAUCCCUUUCCCUUCUUCCAUUGCCAGCCAACCAAAGAAAGCAAGGAGUGAGUUGAUCCUCAACAAGGUCAGGGUCUAUUCCUCAUACCCAGAUAUUGAAUUCCCUCGAGGAGUUACAGUCAUGCCAUUUGAUGACGACCGAUGGGUUGCUAUCAGCUUGGAGCUCCCUGAUCAACUAGCAUAGUGUUAGUUAUUUGAUAAUUACCUUUCAUGUCUUUUGAUCACCAUCUCCGUCUCUCUAGCAUUGAAGUUAAGAGUAUCUAUCAUUCUACUUCUAUGCCCGUUGAAUUAUAUCACCUAGUAGCUGUUAGUCUGCGGUUUUGCUGCCAAGUAUAAAUGCUCUGUAUUAGACUAUAUCUGAAGAUGAAAGAGGGGGGUUCUUAAGCUAGUCAUUUUGAGUUCAUCAGGAUUUGGGCACAAAUGGCUGGUGCAACAACAAACUCAAAGUUGUGCC